AUGGUGCGUGAACAGUACAUUACCACGUCGGAGGACGUCGGGAACCUCAGCCCAGUGCCCGAGUAUAUCUACAAGAUUGGCAUCUACGGCUGGAGGAAACGCUGCCUCUAUCUGUUUGUUUUACUGCUCAUCAUCAUCCUGGUGGUUAACUUCGCCCUCACCAUUUGGAUCCUGAGAGUCAUGUGGUUUAACACUGAGGGCAUGGGACUCUUGCAAGUGACAGCUGAUGGGGUUCGGCUAGAGGGCGAAUCAGAGUUCCUCUUUCCAGUUUACGCCCAAGAGAUCGACUCCAGAGACGAUUCGGAUCUCCUCGUGCACUCCACGGAAAACGUGAGCCUCAAUGCCCGGAAUGAGAAUGGUAAUGUUACAGGAAGGUUAUCUGUGGGUCCACAAACAGCAUUGGGUUAUGGGCAGCAUUUCACAGUCAGCUCCAAGAAUGAUAAGAUGCUGUUUCAGGCCGAUGGGAACGAAGCAGUGGUAGGGGUUGGGAAACUGCGUGUCACAGGACCAGAAGGUGGUCUGUUUGAGCACUCUGUGGAGACGCCUUUGGUCAAGGGAGACGCACAAGAGGACUUAAGGUUAGAUUCGCCCACUCGGUUUGUGACCAUGGACGCUCCAAAAGGAGUUCAUCUAAAAGCGCAUUCAGGAAACGCUGAAGUCAUGUCAAAUAUGGAUAUUUUACUGCAUUCAUCCGAGGGACUGUUGAUUCUGGAUUCAGGAGCGCUGCGACUACUCAAUUUGCCAGAGGGCGAAGCUGGAGCAUCAUCAGGCAACACACAGGGGUUUUAUGAAGUGUGUGUUUGCCCCAGCGGAAAGCUGUUCCUCUCCAAAGCUGGAGUCACCUCCACAUGUAGCGAGAGACAAGAGUGCUGA